CUCCGUGGCAACUGGCACCCUACCCUCUUGGGGUGCCAGAAGAUUUCAAAGUAGUGCCUCAUCCUUGUACUUGAAAGCCACACUCACACACGCCUCCAGCUACAACACAGCCCGCCCUUGCCCCUCGCUGCUCGUCCAGGUCCAGUCUGCCAGGCUCUCUCAUCGCCCGUGCCCCGUUGCCCGCCCCGCGCCAUGGCUGACCCCCAAGUGGUGAUGAUGUUGGUGGCGCGCUUGCUGAUGUGGAUGGUGGCCACCGUCUACUUCUUCCUGGAGUCCCUGGUGCUGUGCCUGAUACCCCGCAGCUACCGCAGGAAGGACAUCAAGGGAAACGUGGUCCUGGUGACGGGGGGCGGCUCGGGCAUCGGGCGCCUGAUGUGCCUCAAGCUGGCGGCUAGGGGCGCCGUGGUGGUCACCUGGGACGUGUCCGAGGCAGGCAAUGAGGAGACGGUGCGGCAGGUGCAGGCCGCGGGGGGCCAGUGUCACGGUUAUGUCGUGGACCUGUGCGACCGACAGGCCGUGUACGCCGCCGCCACCAGGCUCAAGCAAGAGGUGGGCCAUGUGGACAUCCUGGUGAACAACGCGGGCGUGGUGACGGGCAAGAACAUCAUGGAGUCUCCCGAUGACAGCAUCCAGAGGACCUUUGACGUGAACGCCAUCUGCCACUUCUGGACCACGAAGGCCUUCCUGGGACACAUGCUGGCACAGAACAAGGGCCACAUCGUCACCAUCGCCUCCAUGGCUGGCAAGAUGGCUUGCAGCGGCCUGGUGGACUACUGCGCUUCAAAAUACGCGGCUGUUGGCUUCCACGAGACGCUACAGGCAGAGCUAAAGGCGAACGGCAAGGACGGGGUGAAGACAACCUGCGUGUGUCCAGUGGUUAUUUCCACCGGGAUGUUCCAGGGCGCUGAGUCAAAGUACUUUCCCACGCUGGUGCCAGACUUUGUUGCCGGAGAGGUGGUGGACGCAAUACUCAUGAACACCUCCACGCUCUACCUGCCAAACUACAUGUGGCUCAUGCCUCUGCAGAUAAUGAUGUUCCCUCAAAAGUCCAUGGACAUGCUGGGGGAAAUCCUGGAAAUGAAGGAGCUCAUGAAGAACUUCGUGGGCAGGAGGAAGACUGAGUGACCUACCUGGCUGCCUCACCUGACCUGCCUUCACCUGGCUUGUCUCUUCCUUUACCUUCUUUAACCUAACCUAACCUAACCUAACCUAACCUAACCUUACCUAGCCUAUCCUAACCUUACCUAAGCUAACCUGACCUAACCGUACUUAACCCCUCCUUACCUUACCUAGCCUAUCCUAAUCUUACGUAACCUUACCUUACCUGUUAUUUUCAUAUUUUUUUUCCUGUUCUUUCUUAUUAUCUCUUGUUGUCUUAUCUAUUCUUUUCUUCUUUAUUGUUCUCUUAUGUGUUCCUGAUCCUCUUAUCUCUUUCUUGUUCUUGGUAGCUUUUAUCUGUUCUUUCUAAUCUUACGUCUCUCUCUCUCUCUCUCUCUCUCUCUCUCUCUCUCUCUCUCUCUCUCUCUCUCUCUCUCUCUCUCUCUCUCUCUCUCUCUCUCUCUCUCUUGCUUUUCUUCACUACCGCUGUUGUAGAAUUAAAUAAUGAAUGAAAGAAGAAAGAUAUUUUCAGUUUGCAUAUUUUCAUUAAACACUAAGAAAAGGAAAAAAAGGAAAAGUCUUCCAUUUCACUUUUAUUUAUAUAUAUUUUUUUUUUUUUAUCAGAAACUCUACUUCACUUUUUUCUUUAGCGUUUAUUUUUCACUGUCACUGUGCCUGUAAUAAUGGUAAGUGCAGCAAUGUCAUGGUGACUGUAGUUGAAGCUGUAAUAGAAGUGAUUGUUGUU